AUGAGCAAAUCGCAAGGUCCCGAAGCCGGCACCAUUUGGCUGACGGAUACCCCGGAUGUUAUCCGCCGUAAAGUUGGCCGUGCUCAGACAGACUCACUUCGCGGUGUCUCGUACGAUCCUGUGGCCCGACCGGGUAUUGCUAACCUCAUCCAACUUUACUCUGCCCUCAAGGUUUGUCAUUACUGUUUCCUGUCUCUGUAG